UUUAAGACAUUGAGCCACAUCCUCUUGUCAAAAAGAGCAAAAAGUACAUGUUCCAAAACAAAGAGCAAAGUUCACACGCAGGCAAACAGGACAGACCUGCUGCGGCAGGUUAAUUCACCCACGGAUCCUUGUAGUGGCACUUGUGUUCUGGGGCGGUCCCAGAAUGAACAUCAUCUUUUGGAAGCGGGCGUUAGCCGGAAAGUCUGACAACGAGAAAAGGAAGAGCCGCGUGGUAAAGAUGCUACGUAGCGGCCUGAAACUCGCCCCAGAGCCGUCUCCGGAGAGCUUCCUCCCUCCCUUCCUCCCCCCAGCCGGCCCCCGGCCCCGCCCAGCCCCCGCGUCGAGGUCCCGGAAGCGCGUCGAGCCGGGGAGGCCCCCGCCCCGCGGCGGGAUGGAGGUGGGCAUGCGCGUGGUGCGCGGCCUGGACUGGAAGUGGGGCGGCCAGGACGACGGGGAGGGCCACGUGGGCACGGUGGUGGAGAUCGGGCGCCAGGGGAGCACCACCACGCCCGACAAGACCGUGGUGGUGCAGUGGGACAACGGCACCCGCACCAACUACCGCACGGGCUACCAGGGCGCCUUCGACCUGCUGCUGUACGACAACGCCCAGAUCGGGGUCCGCCACUCCAACAUCAUCUGCGACAGCUGCGACAAGCACGGCAUCAUGGGAAUGCGGUGGAAGUGCAAGGUGUGCUUCGACUACGACCUGUGCACCCAGUGCUACAUGAACAACAAGCACGACCUCGGCCACGCCUUCGAGCGCUACGAGACAGCGCACUCCCAACCAGUGAGCUUGGUGCCAAGACAGAACCUGUCCCGGAUCAUCCUGAAGGGCAUCUUCCAGGGGGUGAAAGUGGUUCGUGGACCUGACUGGGACUGGGGCAACCAAGACGGUGAGCGAGGGGGGAACGGGCCCCGACGCGUCACGUGGAUUACCCACAACGCGUCUCCGUAUUCCGAGCAGGACUAA